GGAGAACUGAAGUCUUGGGUCCUGACUUCUUCUCCCGGUGCCGUACACUCCACACAGUAGCCUACGCAGCAGAAGAGGAUAUGGAGCAGUGAUGUACCGGGAGACCAGGAGAAUAAUAACACUUCUUUUUCAAAACGGAAUAAAUGCCAGUAUUUAAGUGACAGUUACAGGGUUCCUCUUGCAAGUUUAAAAUACUUCAAACGCAGAUGCUAGCAUGCAGGAAAUGCCAGACUAAUUCUCAGAGUAGUUCAAUCACCCCUCACGCCUCUAGAGAGUUCUGUCUUCAGUUGAAUAUUGCGCGUCUGACGGGAAGGGCCGAAGAAUACCAGCUCCAGCCGCCGUGGAAACUGAUUAUUCCAAUAUGCUCCGGCAAAUGCAAUAUUUGAAAUUAACGACAGCACUCGUGUUGCUACCGUGUGUGUUGUCAUUUAACGUGGAUGACAAGAAUGGGGAGACUUUCAAUGGUCCGCUGGAGGACAUGUUUGGAUACUCAGUCCAGCAGUUUGAGAACAGUGAGGGGAAGUGGGUGCUGAUUGGUUCUCCCCUGGCCGGCCAGCCAGCCAAACGGACUGGAGAUGUCUACAAAUGCCGUGUGGGUCAAGGAUCAAACCCUAGAUGUAUCAAACUGGAGCUGCCUGAAAACACAACAAUUCCUAACUUACACGAAGUCAAGGAAAACAUGACCAUGGGAACGACGUUGGUUACCAACCCUCAAGGAGGCUUUCUGGCCUGUGGUCCACAGUACGGCUACAUGUGUGGUCAGCAGACAUACAUCUCUGGGGUCUGUACCAAUGUCAGCUCAACCUUCCAGGUGCUCAACUCCAUCGCCCCGGCUGUGCAAGAGUGUGCCAAAGAGCUUGACAUUGUCAUGGUUCUUGACGGCUCCAACAGUAUCUGGCCCUGGACCAGCAUCAUUGAUUUCCUGGUCAAGUUUCUGAAGAAUAUCGAAAUUGGAGCUAAACUGUCCCAGGUGGGCAUUGUGUCGUAUGGAGAGAAAGUCACUCACAAUGUCAACCUCAGCCAGUUUGAUACCACUCAAUCCCUCCUGGCCAAAGUGGCGAAACUUCCCCAGCAAACAGGUUUCAAGACUAUGACCGCCCUGGGAAUUGACACUGCAAGGAAAGAGGCCUUCACUGUGGAGCGAGGGGCGCGGCCGGGUGUCAAGAAGGUCAUGAUAAUUGUGACGGACGGAGAGUCACAUGACUUUUAUAACCUCGACAAGGUCAUCAAAGAAUGUGAGGAGGACGAUAUCGAGAGGUUCGGUAUCGCUGUGCUUGGUGAUUACAACAGGAACAACAGAAGCAUCAAGGAGGUGAAGAAAUUCAUUGAGGAGAUCCAGUCGAUCUCCAGCAAUCCUGUGGGAGAUCACUUCUUCAACGUGUCGGAUGAGUUUGCCUUGCUGAACAUCGUAGACGCUCUGGGCAGCAGGAUCUUUGCCUUGGAGGCAACGUCAGGUAACUACACCUCGUCUUUUGAGAUGGAGAUGUCCCAGGCUGGAUUUAGUGCCCACACCUCUAAAGAGGGUGUGAUGCUGGGUGCUGUGGGGGCGUAUGAGUGGAACGGGACAGUAGUGAUGCAUACCAACCGGGGUACCGUGGUUCCUCUAAACGCAGACUUCCAAGACCCCCUGGAUGAAAGGAAGGAGAGCCUGGCGGAGUAUGUGGGUUAUGCCGUACAGUCAGCAUCAACCCCUAAUGGUGAAUUAUACAUCACAGGAGCACCGCGGUACAACCACACAGGCAGAGUCAUCGUCUACAAACUGGAUGGGGAAAUCAUCACAGUCACACAAGUACUGAAAGGAGAGCAGAUUGGCUCCUACUUUGGCAGCGUGCUCCAGACAGUGGAUGUUGACCAGGACUCCUACACAGACAUCCUGCUGGUGGGAGCUCCUAUGUUCAUGGGCCCAGAGAGGGAGGAACAGGGACAGGUGUAUGUCUACAAACUCAAUGAGAAGGGCCUAUUUGAGCACCAGACCACGCUGAAGCCAGACAACCAGGCGUGUUGUACCUCGGCCCACUCCAACGGUUGCACCAUCGUCAACACCAACGGCCCGUGUGGCGCCCGUUUCGGCACCGCCAUCGCAGAGGUCAGUGACCUAGACCUGGACGGGAACCGGGACGUGGCCAUCGGGGCGCCACUGGAGAACGACCACAAAGGGGCAGUCUACGUCUACCAUGGAGCCAAGAAGACCAUCAAGGAAAAAUAUGUGCAGCGUAUCCCAGGCCCUGGAGACGGGGUGAAGACUAAGUUCUUUGGCCAGUCGAUCCACGGAGUCAUGGAUCUGAAUGGAGACGGAAUUAUAGACAUUACCAUCGGAGGGCUGGGAGGGGCUUCUCUGUUCUGGUCCAAGGAUGUUGCUGAGCUUUAUGCCAACAUGACCUUUGACCCAAACAAGAUCAACCUACAGCAGCCCUCUGAAGACUGUGUGCUGGGUGAGAGAGCCACCGUGUGUGUGAAGACCAGGGUCUGCUUUAGCUACAGUGUCAAGUCUGAGAAGGACCACACUAACUUGGGCACAGCCAUUAAGUACAACCUGACUCUGGACUCUCUGAGGGCAAAGUCGAGGGCAGCGUUUGUCAACCCUGACGAGAAGAGUGAGAGGAAGGUCCAAGUCACCGCCAACAUCAUAGAUGCUCUGUGUCUGGAACAUUCCUUUGCCAUGAAGGCUAAUCUGGACUUCAGAGACCCCAUCAUGAUCUCCCUCGAGUUUGGUCUGGCUGAGGACACAGGCCCCGUCCUGGAUGGAGACUUACCAACGUCACUCAAUAAAACGAUUCCUUUGGUGGACUGUGGGAGCGACGACAAGUGCAUAGCUGACCUAUCCCUGAAGGCUGUGCCAAGUAUACAAAGUCUUGUGAUCAAAGCCAACAAGGAAAAGUUCCAUGUGCUCAUUACCAUCAGAAACAGUCAAGACAACGCCUACAAUACCAAAGUCAUGCUCAGCUUUACUGAAAACAUAAACUACGUCAAAGUCAAGGCCAAUGACAAAGUCUGCAGUCUGAAUAAUACCAAAGUUGAGUGUGCUGUGGGAUAUCCAUUCCUCAAAAGCAACGUAGAGGAGGUGUUUGAGAUCCUGUUUGAAGUCAACCCUGCACACGUCUGGAAAGAGAUUCAGAUCAACGUAACUGCAACCAGUGACAGUGAGGAAUUGAAGACCACCCUCCAUGACAACUCUGUGAGAAUCUCCAUCCCUGUGAAGUACGAGGCUGGACUCAGAUUCACUGCUGACAGGCAUAUGAAGGAGGACCACAUCAUAGUGAAAGAGGGAGAGCAGUACCCCAGCAUCUUCAACCACACCAGUGUGAUAGGAGAAGAGGUCAAGAUCAUCUAUACGGUUAAAAGGGAUGUGAAUAUGGAGACUCCUCCUCUAAAGCUGAGGGUGAUGUACCCGUACCUAUCACCUAGAGAGAACAUCCUGCUAUACCUGACACAUGUCACCUCCUCACAGGAUGUGAGAUGUCACAUCAGGGACCUGAUUAACCCUUUAAAGAUCAACAACAACAACACGCACACCAUCAAUCCUAAAAAAGAGACCCUCAGUGUCUUCCUGGUGGGCUGUAAGGACCACCCGUGUAAGUCAUUUAUCUGCUCCAUCCCUCACGUCAACAACAGCCAGGUCAAUGUUACCUUCAGGGUGUGGAAGCCCACCUUUAUCAAAGCAGAGUUCUCCAGCCUUCAUAUGAUUGUUAAUGCCACUCUGGAGAACCUGAACACUGAUCUCUUCGUGUUGAGUGCCACCAAUUACGCCAGAGAUGUGAAGAUCCAGGUCUCUAAAGAGGCUUUGGGAGGUAUACCACUGUGGAUCAUUAUAGUCAGUAUCCUCAUAGGACUGCUGAUUCUGGCACUGGUCAUCUUCGCUCUAUGGAAGGCUGGAUUUUUCAAGAGAAAAUCCAUAGAGGACAUGGAGAACGAGGACAUGAAGGAUUAAUGCUUCCACCACCAUACAGAUCUGUCUGUGCCCCACUGUCUUCAGGUCUGUCUUCAGGUCUGUCUUCAGGUCUGUCUUCAGGUCUGUCUUCAGGUCUGUCUUCAGGUCUGUCUUCAGGUCUGUCUUCAGGUCUGUCUUCAGGUCUGUCUUCAGGUCUGUCUUCAGGUCUGUCUUCAGGUCUGUCUUCAGGUCAGUUAGAAGGAAAUACCCCAUCAACCAAUUCGCCUGAACACCAUCAGGUUAGAAGAAAAACCAGUCUAUUUAUGGCUAUUCAACAACCAUUCACCUGAAUGUGAUGUGGCCCAUCUACCAGCCUUAAAAACCUGGUCUGGUUCAGUGGAUACAGAGGCCUGGGGAAACAUUGAACUUGUACAGUACACUUUGUUCUUCCAUCUAGUCAUUGUGGGUACCAAGACCUGGACCUAAAAGACCUAAGCUAGAAGGGAAAUCAGAAGACCGUAAGGAUAAUGGCACCCUGAACCAGACCUGAUCAUAUGCAGCCACACCAGCUUUAUACAACAGGACAAAACGUUCUCAGGUUCACUUACAGCAUCAACAUCCCAAAGACACUAAAAACACCUCAGAUUACAGUAUGGCAUUACACCAAUGUUGUCCAAAUGUCCAAGGCACUCUGCAAUGGACUAGAAUUCUGUGUUAUAGUUUUUGACAUUUUUUACUAAUAUACUGUAAAUCUAUACCAUGUACUGUAUUUCUUUUUGUUUGGUAUAUUUUGAUACGUGUUAUUACCUAUAUUUUGACACAUUCAUCGUCUUCUAAGCAUAAUGUUUGCUUUUUGGAACACUGAUAUUUUCACAUGAGUGUUUUUCUAGUCUUACAAGCGCAAUCUGUAAAUUUGAUUUUUUUUUUAAACAAAAGUGUUCCCUUGAAUAUUGAAGGGGUCUAUGCAAAUAUACCCUCUCCAAAUAUAUAUAUUCAGUAUAAAAGAAGAGUAGGAAUUUGCUAUUGACAUAAAUACAACGGUUUUAAACUAGUUUUUGUUUAAUUUUGCUCCCACAUUACAGAUUGCUCCUUUACAGUAAUAGGAAAACCUUUGAUUGUCCUGGAAAUGUAAUGUAAAGCUUGUACAUAAAGUUAUGUUUGCAAUAAUUCCUAUAAUUUAAGAUCAAGUUAAGUCCAGCAUGUAUCACCAAGGCCCUAUAUAUCAGUAAUAGAGAUCAAAUAAGUAAUUUGCUCCUACAUUUCUCAGGUAUUACUUAUGAUAGUAUGUUGAUAGUAUGGGGAUAGUAUGGGAAUAGUAUGGUGAUAGUAUGGUGAUAGUAAGUGGAUAAUUUGAUGAUAGAAUGAUGAUAGUAUGGGGAUAGUAUGGCGAUAGUAUGGUGAUAGUAUGGUGAUAGUAAGUGGAUAAUUUGAUGAUAGAAUGAUGAUAGUAUGGGGAUAGUAUGGGAAUAGUAUGGUGAUAGUAUGGUGAUAGUAUGGGGAUAGUAAGUGGAUAAUUUGAUGAUAGAAUGAUGAUAGUAUAGGGAUAGUAUGGCGAUAGUAUGGUGAUAGUAUGAAUUUUAUAAAACAAACAAAUGUAGUAUUUUUAAGUAAAAUACUAUUUUAAAAAUAUGUAAAUAUUGGUAAAAAUUUAAAUGUUUGAUACAUGUGUAUUGGAACUCGAUGCAUUUUGCAUCCAUUCGCUAAGAUGUUGUUGUUUUUUUUCUUCGUUUCUGUCUUUUGUUUUGGGGCGAGGGUGAUUUCUCUGAGGAAGCCUACAGUCACAUAGAGCAAUCCAAAAAGGAUCUCAGCGGAGUGUAACUUGAUUCCUGAUGUUCAAACCUGUCAGUACCACAAAACAAAGAGAUGUUUGUCUCAGAGAAGGUCAAACUCUGGAAACUAGGCCAUUGAACGUUACACACAGGGGGUGAUUUGGUCUGAUGCAUAUGAACACCAGGUUAUGCCUAAAGCCCUGUAGUCUAUAUAUGGCCGGAACGUUAGCGACUGUCGUGAUUGUGGGUAGAAAUGUUUGAUUCGUGCAUCGUUUCCUCUUUCUCUCCGCCUACAUUCCUCUGCAUAUUUACAUAUUUUACACAGGCAGUCCGGUGUAACCCCUGACUUUUUAUUGUAUAUAAGAGACACUCAUCAGCUCACCCAUUACUGUUGAAAGCACAUGUAAUAAAUGAAUAAAUAUCUGUAAAAUGUGUACGAUAAUCUUAUAACGGGGAUCCUCCAUACUGUCCCCUGCUGGGGAGUUUAUUUGUCACAGCAGCAGUGAUAGAGUCAGCUGAUCAAGGCUUUGAAGAUUUAAUUACUGAUUAGUUCAAUUGGAACCCAGAACCAAAUAUUGUGUGCUGACCAGCUACGCAACUUGACAUGUAUUAUAAUUUAUGUUCAUGUGUUAAAAGUCUGUCACAGGAUGUUGUUUGUUGUAUCAGGUGUGAUGGCACAUGUGGGACAAAAACCUACUGUACUUUGACUCUCCAGGAGCAGGUUUGAGGAUGAGAGAGAGCGAGAGACCGGUGAGGGUGACUGGAGAGAGAGAGAGGGUUAGGGACUGCUUCAGACUGAUGUACUCCAGUCAUACACACUGCUGUGAACUGUUAGUUUAAUACACUGGUUUGUCAUACUGUAUGUACUCUGAUCAGCACAGAUUUGAAAGCAUUGCACAAGCUGUCAAGGAUCUUAUGCCAAAAAAUAAAUAAAUAAAAAUGGUUUUAAAUUAA